CUUAUUUACCUUGAUUACUCUCUGUUUUUAUUCGAAGACUGGGAGGUUGAUGCAAAGAAGAUAUCUGGCUCUGCUUUUUUUUUGGAUUCAGCUUGAUAUACCUACUUGUUUGUUUGUUUGUUUGUCUGUCUGAUUGCUGAGCUGGCUGUUUGAAAUAUACCUUCUCUGGUUGUAAAAGAAUCCAAAAACAAUAACAAAGGGGAGGGAAGAUUGCCAGAAUAUUCUCAUCAUGACUUCGUCGGCGGAUUACACGGAUAUCAAGUUUGAGAUUCGGGGCCAGAUUGGGAUUAUAACGCUUAAUCGGCCCAAGGUGCUCAACACAUUUGGCGGCAAUCUCCUCGCUGACGUGGUGAAAGCGCUGCGCGUGCUCGAUGCGCACCCAGACACCGUCUUCACUGUCUUGACGGGAGCAGGGCGCUUUUUUUCGGCCGGCGCUGACAUCACCAUGUUUGGGGAUAAGGUCGAGUACGCGGAUGAGACGGCCAAGAGGAUUGCGACAAUGAACCGGUUUAGCCUUUCUCGCGAGCUCAUGCAGCAGAUGAUUGACCACAAAAAGGUCUUUGUUCUUGCGCUCAAUGGCCCGGGGGUGGGCGGUGGUUCGGCAUGGUUCCCCGGCGUGGCUGACAUUAUUCUGGCGUCGUCGACAGCCUGGUUGCAAUGUCCCUUCUCCUCGCUCGCUCUCGUGCCGGAGCAGGGCUCUACGACUAUGCUUGCACAGUCCAUGGGAGUGCACCGUGCAAACGACUUUUUGAUGUUUGGCCGCAAGUUCAGUGCAAAAGAGCUGGUCGACGCGGGCCUUUACAACUAUGUGUGGGACGCCACCGGCGACGAGUUCCAGAAGAAGGUCAUUGAGUUUCUAGAGGGCCAGCUCGAGGUCAAUGAUGGCAAGGCCAUGAUGGAGGUGAAGAGGCUUCAGAAUGCCCCGUUGAGGAGCUCGAGGAUGAUGGCUGUGACUGAUGCCCUGAGUGCGCUUGCAGACCGCAUUGUAGAUGGUGCGCCGGUCAAGAGAUUUGAUAUGAAGAGAAAGGAACUCGAGGCGAAGAGGAAGGCCAGGUCGAAUCUCUAG